CCGACGACCACCCAAAGGUCAAAUAAACAUCCUAUUUUCCCCCAUUCUACUCUUUAGAGUCUUUCAUGAACCUCACCAACAUUUCUUUAUAAGAAUUCACAUUCUUUAAUAAGCACCAGGCGUGAAAUUGAAUGUGGUUUUCCCACCUACAACCAUUUCUAGCCAGUCUUCAUCAGAACGCUUCACAUGCAACAGCGGUCCUCAGCAAUGAGCAAUGGAGGUGAUGUCGAGCAGAAGUCCUGGUCCAAAACGAAGCCACCGAAAUCUACUAUGCGGCUCUCCAACCAUGGCAUCCAUGGAUUCUACCAUGAGCGCCAUCGAGAUCCUAUCCUCGCCUCCGGACAAGAGGCACUGCGACGUGGUGAGGCUUGAACUGAACAGCGACGAUGCAACUGUGACUGAGAAGCGCGUAAAGAUUGGCUCGGGGCCGUCAAUGAAGGAGAGCGACGGCUGCAGUGAGGUCGACUUGGUAUUGUCCGAAAGGCGAGUUUUACCGCCGAGCGCAGACGGCGACGUGGGGGAGCCGUCAGAAAAGAUCAAUCAAUCUGGAGGUUACACGAAUGGGAAUCCAGCAACAUUCCCCAAAACCCGGACAAUCUUCAGUUUAUUUAAUGCCAUUAAUACGCCCAGUGCAGCUGAACCCGAUUUUGGAGUUCCGGAUGAAUACUCAGUUCCCGUUACAGUGCCCCGGCCAGCGCGAGAUAUGGUUAUCCCACGCGGACCGGUCAGACCGUCCUCUACAUACAGGAACCGCGACAAGACAGUCAGAAGCGGGCCAGACAGACCACAACAGCCAAGCUCCCCAAAGGCAUUUGAUAUAACUGCAUCAUACGCCGCCAACGCCCGCCAACGAUCAGUCGACCACGUCACCGAACAGGUAGCGAAGAGGCGGAAGAUCAUGGAUGUGUCUGGGAGCCCCGACGAAAGCGCAGACGACAUACUAUGCGAACAAACCAGGAACAUAACGGCGAGCUCUCGGCCAACAAAGACAGUCGGGAGUGGUAUUCCUCCGCUGGAAAGGAAACAUCCGGGAGGGGGGUUUGUUGUCAACGAAUUCAGGGGGGUCGAGGAUACCGUGGGUGGCACCAGACGGCGGCGACGCCCAGACGGUCAACAUUCUUCUGGUCAGUCUUCACGUGAAACGACGAUUAUUGAGGACGAUAAGAUUGAAGAUUCAGAUCUUGAGAUUUCUAAGGCACCGGAGCCAUACAGGGGGACUGCGAACCUGGCCCGUGGAAUGACACAGGAGGAAAGAAAUCUGAAGAACGACGUGCGGAGGCGGAUGGCCGAAUCAAGGUCUGGACGUUCCAUUGGAACCUCCGCGAAGUCGAACAUUUCGGUUUUGAAGAGGGACGCCCAAAGCAUCCUGGAUAGGGAAAAAGAUUCUAGGCAAACUCGUGUCCAAAACGUAAGGGUUAAUGAUGGGGGGCGUCGAAAUAGUACCGAGAGCAUCUCCGAUGAUGAGCUAUCCAUGGGCAAACCAGGGGCAGACUUGAAGAAGGCAAGUACCGGGACUGUCAUGAGCCAAUUCGUGAGAAGCCCAACUUCUGGUAGUAUGAGUAGAGACGGAGAUAUUCGGUCAAGUCUCCCGCGGCAGAACCAGCGGAAAACAACGGGCAGAGCUGGAAAGUCGAGUUCGGAAGAGCGCCUAAGAUUUGGCAUCACAUACUCGAGAACUGUACUAGACUUAUUCACUCGCGUCGAUGGAGAGGAGCCUUAUUAUUUGCAAUACAACCCUAGGUCGUCGCAAAUGGAGUUUACAACGGACGACCCAAAUCAUCUUGCAGAAAAUAAACACCCAGACUUCGCCUUCAACCCUGGGUCUGUCACAAGAAUCAUUUACAGCGAUGAAAACAAUAAAAUGAUUGUGUGGGUCAUGGAAAGCAAUACCAAGACAGGCACUCUUCCAAAACUCCUCCUGAAGGUCGAUGGCGAAGCACUUUACAAUUUCCUGAUGUUCCUUCAGAGUAGGAGCGAUGCCGACGUUAAAAAUCAGAGCGGCGACAAACUAAACAAAAUGUUUUCUCUAUUCACAGAAAAAUUUGAUGAAUGCCGGAAUCGUAAUGAGGCAGAUGAUUUGAAUCUGCUGAAGCAGAGGAGGAAUCAACGGCACCAGGCAAGUGAUGCGGGCCUCACUGGCGAUGGGAAGAGGCCGGGAAAUUUUGACAGCUCUGAGGAACCGCCGAGAAGUAAAAAGCUGCACGAGAGGUUGCAAAACGGAUAUGGCGACAAUGAAACUUCUCACCCUGAAGGUAAUUCUAUCGAAACCCGACGAAGCAUAGAACGAAGUAAAGAAUUAGGAGAUGAGACUCAAUCGCGUCAUUUUGGGCGAAACGGAGACGAUAACGACAACCGCCCAACGACUCGUUCAACCAGAGGCCAGAAUAGGGAAAUCCAUAUAAGAUCACCUUCCCCACAGCGCUAUACCAAUGUACAUCGGGAUUGGCAAAGGUACUGGGCUGGCGGCGACGAGCCUCUCUUAUUCCCAUUUGAAGGCACGAAGAAGGCUCAAGUCGAUAAGCGCGACAUAGAGCGGCUCGACGAGGGCGAGUACUUGAACGAUAACCUCAUUACCUUUUACCUGCGGUAUCUCCAGGAGAAGGCAGAGAAAGAGCGGCCGGAUGUCUUCAAGCGGGUCUUUUUUAUGAAUACGUUUUUCUACCCGCGACUUAUACAGGGUAAAGGCCGCAAGAACAUCGAUUAUGACGCCGUCAAGAGGUGGACGUCAAAGGUUAACAUAUUUGACUACGAUUAUGUUGUUGUGCCAGUCAAUGAGAAUAACCAUUGGUACGUUGCAAUCAUUUGCAAUGUGCCAAAACUACUGCUACCUCCAGAAGAGAAAAUACCAAAGGAGGAAGAGAAAGGUCAUGAGAAAGAGGUUGUGGAUUUGGGUGAUGCGGGUAACACUACAAGCCCCACUCAGCCUACCUCCGAAUACAAGGACGGAUCCGUAACUCCUGAGGUGGCGCGCAAGGUCAGCAGACUUUCAAUCGAAGACAGGGGCAGCCCAGAGCCGCAGCCCAACAUGGCCAAGCACAUCGAUGUAGAACGCAUAAACCCGGGCACGCCAACCCACACAUCGACAGCGGACGAUGACACGGACCGUUCCCAAAAAGCGACAUCAAGCGCAGGUAAAGGCAGGAAGGGGAAGAGGAAAUCCAUCCCGCCCGUUCGCAAAUACAACACCGAAGAGCCGCGCAUCAUAACGCUGGAUUCGUUCGGAAUGCCACACUCCCCUACCUGCUCAAAUCUCCGCGACUUCCUCAUCGCCGAGGCAAAGGAGAAGCUCGGUGUCGAGAUCACCCUUGCGCAGCCUAGCAUCGGCAUGACAGCUAAGCACAUUCCGCAGCAGACCAACUUGUGUGACUGUGGGCUGUUCCUCUUAGGGUAUGUUGAAGGCUUCCUCGACCACCCGGAUGAGACUAUCCACGGCCUCAUGCAGGGGAGGGCGGAUAUGGCGAGCAGCUUCGGGAAGAUGAACGCACCGGACAUGCGGAAUGCAAUGAGAGAGCUCAUCUUUGAGCUGCGGAGGGAGCAGACAAAGAAGGAGCACGCGGCUAAGGUUGCGAGGAUAGCUGCCAAGAAAGCUGGGAAGGUAAAGGAGGAGCAGCCGGCUGGCGAGUCAAAAAGCGUGUCUUCGGCUUCGGCGUCGCCGAAACCGCCUGCGCCACCGAAACUGGAAGCCAAAGCGGUUGAAGAACUUGCCUCUGCCAGUGUGACGAAGAAGGCCGAUGAAUCUGCUCCUGCGAGCAAGACGAAAGAGAUGCCAAAGCCGUCUGAGGAGGCCGUCAAUGUCAUCAAAGAGGAACAGUCUACCAAGGAGUCCCCAGCAACGCCUGACGAGUCUGCAACAUUCUAUUCUCUCCUCGAUGACUUUGCUGGCUUCAAAGGAGACAAGGCAAAAGACGAGAAAGCUACCAAGCCCUCACCUCCCAUCACUGCCCCUCCCAUCGAGGCGCUGCCUGAAACCCCACGCAGCGCGACUAGAGACAAGACAUCAAGUCCUAAGACAAUCUCCUCCACACAGAGCAAGUUUUUCAACGUGAAAACCAAAGGGAUGCAGCCCAAGUUCCCCUCCCAAGAUCGGAAUCGUCAACGGAAAGAUGCGAGUGAGGUGUCUGUUGUGGCGCCGCCGUCGACGCCGCCACCGAGGCAGCCGCGGCAGCAGAUGCGCUCUUCGCCGAGGACUCAGAUUGAUAUCCCGUCGGAAUCGAGUGAGGACUCUCUUCGUCGUGAUAUGUCGCCGAGUGUUCUAGGACGAGGACGAGGACGAAAGGACGCACCCAAAAAGAAAGACGAGAUCCCGGAUUCGCAGGGUGAUGAUGUUGAGCGAGCUGGCAGGAAGGGUGUGGAUAAAGGCAAAGUGGUAGAAGACCUCACGGAGACGCCAAGGACGAGAGCAGGCGAUGCAGCUCUGAAGAGGCAGAAAGAUACAGCAGAGGGGCAGAAGAAGAAAUCAGGCGCGGGAGCGGUGUUCGGUAGUGGCAGCCCGAGAGUGAAGGGGACGAAGAAGGACUCGGUGGUGAACCUGGUUGACGAGGAAUAGGCCA